GACCGUUAUCAAAUAGUGAGUUUACUUUUAUAACAUCAACGACGAUUCACUCACUCUCAGAAAUGCAGCCACUUUGUUCGCGUUCGCUAGUAUCUAGGUGAAAAAACGAUUUUGUCACCUGGUUGCUAGCGAACAAAGUGGCUGCAUUUCUGAGAGUGUUAAGAUUAAGUUGAAUGCAAACAUAAACUUGACAUCGUAAGGGACACGACCAUGUCAUCCUCUUUUCUGUAGUCAAGAACAGCGGAUGGAUGAAUUUCCUUUGUUAUCACCCAUUAUCCAUUUUAGCAAAUCAAAACUGUUGUUCUGCUAGAUGAUUGGUUAUCCACUUUUGUAGAUUGUGCUACUUAUGAGAGUGGAUGAUCGGUCACCCAGUAAAACAGCAGCUUGAUUUGCUAGAGUGGCUUCUUUCCAUUUCUGACAAUUUACAGAAAAGUGGAUGACAUUGUCGCUCACUUUUCUGAUGUCAAGGUUUAUGGUGGAUAAAAUCUAGUCUUUUCAGUCUAGACUUCAAAAUUUCAGACAUUGAAUUUUAGUUGAGCGUCGUGAAGUUUAAGAAGCAUGCCACUAAAUUUUAUUUUUUCUGCAGGUGGCUGCUUUUCUCUCGAUGUCAUUAUUGAAUUGCGCAGCAGCAAGAAAUCUGUGAUUAGAUAUGAAAAACAUAUCUUCAUUUUUUUUCAUACUUUCUAUUUUUUGAACGUUCUAAGUUCCUCCUUCUUUGCUAUAAAACUCACGAAACAGUAGUCGUGGAUGUUUGUGCAUCUGAAUGGUUUAUUAGUCUCAUCGACGCCAUUUUUCUCAUAUUGCUUACUAGUAUUCCAGCUGUAAGAGUGAAAUCGCCUACGAUAAUAACAUCUGUACUGUUACUACUAUUGGCAUCAUUCUCACGAUCUCAUUAUGAAUAUCCUAAUACGUAUUUAUUAAAAAAAAGUUCUUCUAUUGGCACUCGCCAAUAGUAUUACUAAAUUUGUUUACAGCAAUGGUAUUUCAAAAUUAUUUUACAAUAGUUCUCGAAGAUAUCGAGAAAUACAUGGAAUAAUAUUAAAUGAAACGAAUCUUUUCUAACGAUACCCAUUGAAAUCAAUAUUUAAAGCAGAAACAAUAAAUAACAUGCAGUGGAAGAGUCAAAAUUCACUUGUCGAAACAAUUAGAAAACUGAUUGAAAGAGAAUCACACACAUGAAUCACAAAAAUGAACGAAAAGCGGCCUGUGAGUUUCCACGGACACAUUAUUAUUACUUUUUAUGAUAUCGUUUAUAUGCUGAAUCACAACAAAAACUUUGCUAAAUUUGAUUUUUUUAUGUGUUUUGUUUGUAGAUGUAUGAAUAAUAAUUAAUCUGAUAUCGACUAUGAUAGUUAUAGUUCGAUAUUGGUUCAAUUCUUAUUAGCAUUCGUAUUUAAAAUGUUUCUGAGUGUAUUAUUAUUCGUAUGUAUUUUCCCAUCAUUUGCUAAUAGUAAAUCAGCGGUUAAUAUUUCUAAUUCACCACCAUUGUUAUUAUUAAUUUCAUUUGACGGUUUCCGAUAUGAUUAUCCUGAUAUUUAUACAUUAAAAACUUUUCAUUCAUUACUUGAUCGUGGUAUUCGUGCUAAAUGGAUCAACAAUAGCUUUGUAACAACAACAUUUCCAAAUCAUUUUACAAUAGCUACCGGCCUAUUUGAAGAAACCCAUGGUGUAGUUAGUAAUGAUAUGUAUGAUCCUGUACUUAAUCUCAGUACAACUUUGGUUCGAAUGAAUGAUACAAAGUGGUGGAGUCAGAACUCAUAUACUCAACCUAUAUGGGUAACGAAUGAAUUACAAAAUAAUACGAGUGCAGGAGAAGUAAAAAGAAAAUCUGGUGUAAUUGGAUGGCCAUCAACUGGUAUACCGAUUAAUGGUUACGCAGCAUUUAAAAAUGAAUUAUAUGAUGAAUCGCGCAAAUUUGAAACGGUUAUCGAUCAAAUAAUUGAAUGGUUUAAAGAUCCAAAUGAUCCAAUUAAUUUCGGUGCGAUUUAUUACUUUCAACCAGAUCGUACAGGUCAUAUUUACGGUCCAAACUCAUCACAAAUGAAUAUCACAUUACAAGAUUGUGAUAGACUAUUAGCAUAUCUGUUAGAUAAAAUUGAUAAAGAUCUAUAUUUAAACGAAAGUUUAAAUGUUAUUUUAACGUCAGAUCAUGGUAUGACGGAAGUAGAUGAAAAACAUGUAUUGAAUUUAGAUGAUUAUAUUGAUCAAAACUUAUAUUCUGUUUAUGGUGGUAUAUCACAAGUCAAUAUAUUUCUAACUCCAGAUGCCAAUAUUGAUGAAAUAUAUAAAAAAUUGUCAAAUAAUCUAAAUUAUGAAGUUUACAAGAAAGAUUCGAUCCCUAAAGAAUAUCAUUAUAAAAAUAAUGUAAGAAUUGGAGAUAUUAUGAUUGUUGGUAAACCAGGAUAUACAAUAGUAUCUUCUAAUACGAAUGUUAAUUGGACUUUUCAUCAUGGUGAUCAUGGCUAUAGUAAUAUUGAACCGACUAUGCAUCCAAUUUUCUAUGCAUGGGGACCAGCGUUUAAAAAAUCGUUAAAUUCUGAACCGUUUCGUAACGUUGACAUCUAUCCAUUGAUGUGUUACGUAUUAAAUAUACCUAUACGUCCAACAAAUGGCAGUAUUGAUAAUGUCAAACAUCUAUUAAAGAAUUAUAAAAGUUCAUCAUUCCUUCAACAACUUAUACUACCAGCAAAUCAAGCAAUACCUAUUGUAAUCAUUGUAUUGAUUAGUGUAACAAUAGCUAUUGUAUACUCCAUUGUCUCGUGUGGUCAUGCUAAAAAAACAGUAAUUAUUCAAAAAUAUGUACCAAUUCAUUAUCAAUUACUUGGAAAUAAUGAUGAUAAAAAAUAUACAAAUAAUUUGGUUAUUAGUGAUGAUGAUGAAGGUUGA